CCGCCGCCGGACGAGAUGCCCCGCCGGAAGCAGCGCCACCCGCAGCCCGUCAAAGUGGACGCUGCAGGCGCUCCGGCCGAGCCUCCGGGAGAGGAGAGCGCGGCGGCGGCGCCUCCGGUGCCGUCGCCGGCGGACAGCAGAUUCCUUUUGAAGCCUGAUCUGGCUCUCGAGCUGGAGGAGGAGGAGGAGGAAGAGGAGGACGAGGACGAGGACGGCGGCGGCGCGGGCGGCGACGAGAGCGGCGGCCCGAUCUUGGCCUUCGAGAAGGACUCGGAAGACUCCUUCGGGGGAACGCCUGGCAGGCUGCCCGCCUACGCUCUGAGCGAUGAGGAGGAGUUCCCACCUCUGGGCCGGGCCCCGGACGAGGAAGAGGGUGGCAGCGGUGAGAGUGAGGCAGGGGCAGGCCAGGCCUGCCAGCACUGUGGCUUGCCUGCCCCUGGCCCGAUCCCAUGCUGCCCCCCGGGGACAAGGGACGAGGAGGGCCCCCCCCUGGGGCCACGCGUGGUCUUCUCCUGCCAGCUGUGUCCCUUUGCCUCACACUACUCCAGCCACCUCAAGCGGCACAUGAAGACUCACAACGGGGACAAGCCGUACCGCUGCCCUCACUGCCCCUAUGCCUCAGCUCAGCUAGUCAACCUGACACGCCACCUGCGCACCCACACUGGCGAGAAGCCUUACCGCUGCCCCAGCUGUCCCUUCGCAUGCAGCAGCCUGGGCAACCUCAAGAGGCACCAGCGGGUCCACGGCCAGGAGCGUCCACUGCGCUGCAGCUCCUGCAGCUGCCGCUGUGCCCACGACAACCCCCUGCAGCCCCACAGCGCCACAGGGACCCCGGGGGAGUCGGAGGCAGAGAUGGAGGGGCCCCACGUUGCAGACCCGGAGGCAGAGCUGCUGCUACCGCCACCUCCACCACUGCUGUCCAGCUCCCCAUUUCUGCGCCCCGAAGACUCUGGCCCUGUUCUCCCCGAGCUGCUCUUCCCGUUCACAUGCCGGACCUGUGGGCUGGUGCUGGAGGCAGAUGAGGGCCUGGGAGAGCCUGUAUGUGGGCGCUGCAGCCUGGCUGUGCUGGGGGCUGAACCGGCGUCGCCCAAGGGCUUCUCGUGCCAGUUGUGCCCCUUUGUGACCACCUAUCCAAACCACCUUGCCCGCCACAUGAAGACACACAGCGGAGAAAAGCCCUUUGCCUGUGCCCUGUGCCCGUACGCGUCGGCCCACCUGGACAACCUCAAGCGCCACCAGCGUGUGCACACGGGCGAGAAGCCCUACAAGUGCCCCCUGUGCCCGUACGCCUGCGGCAACCUGGCCAACCUGAAGCGCCACGGUCGCAUCCACUCGGGGGACAAGCCCUUCCGUUGCCGCCUCUGUCCCUACUCUUGCAACCAGAGCAUGAACCUCAAGCGGCACAUGCUGCGGCACACGGGGGAGAAGCCCUUCCAGUGCCGCAUCUGCCCAUACACCACCGGCCACUGGGACAACUACAAGCGCCACCAGAAGGUGCACGGCCAGGGCCUGGCUGAGGAAGCGGGCUCUGGCCCAGAAGGCAGCCUGCCCUAGCAGGGCACGGAACCCCCCGGUGCCUCGUGGUGCUCUUGGCAGCAGGUGCCUGCUGCCGUGACGGGUCCCCAGGAGCAGCAGCUGCGUGUUCCUGUCGGGGCAGCUCCUCUGGAAGGGGACUUUUGACUGAAAGGCAUCUUGGGCUGUGCCCUGCCCGACACUGAGGAACACAGGAAGGAGCAAGCGUCUUCCGCUCUUGACCAUCAGGCCCCUUGCACUCCGCAUGAGGGAGCCUCUGUCUACCGCCCUGUGGGACAGUGGAAACCCGCAGAAGGAAGUCCAUGGUGCUCGCCUGCCUUCUUUUCUCCUCCUGUUCUUUAACUGUGGUUGCUGCUUGAGUCUGUGUAAUUUAUAUGGUGUAUUAAUGCAUUAAAUUGUUUUCUUAUCUUG